AUGACGACAGGGGUGGCAACGAGUCGACGUCGUCAACUUCCGUCGACGGCGAGGGAGACAAUGAUGAGGAGAUCCAGUCAAACACGAGAUGAUUCGACUGAAGCCAACGAACGAGCUACCCACGAAGAAGCGGUUCAAGAGAACAUUGAAGUUGGAUUCAUGUUCGCCUCCAAAGCAUUCGUUCAACUACUCGCGAAUCCGUUCGUUGGACCUCUGACAAAUCGCAUCGGAUACAGCAUUCCUAUGUUCGCUGGCUUCUUCAUAAUGUUUUUGUCAACUCUGAUUUUGCAGCUCCUGGUGCUGCAGCCAAAAGUAAUGGCAGACGAAGUCCCAGCUCCGUCAUUGAAACAGUUGCUGAAGGAUCCGUACAUCAUGGUUGUCGCAGAGCCUUCAUUGCCGUUGUGGAUGCGUGACACCAUGAAAGCCCCAGUGUGGCAACACGGUGCUGCAUUUUUGCCGGCCUCGAUCUCCUAUUUGAUCGGUACCAAUUUGUUUGGACCACUCGGACACCGCCUUGGAAGGUGGUUGGCGUCCCUGUUGGGCCUGGUCAUUAUCGGCAUAUGUUUGACUCAGUCAAUACUUGAUUUAGUGCCACCCUUGCUUAUUGCCAAGAAAAUUGCGAUAGUAUAA